AUGGAAGAUGGGAAAGUGAACAAGUUAUACCAAACAGCACCAAUGAACAAUAGAUAUCACCGUAUACACGGUGAAGUCCCGACCCACGACCCUAUUUGGAGACUUGUUGAUUGUGAUGACAAUGGCAAGGAGUUCACCGACAUGGUCUACGAGAAAGCUGUUGGCGAACCCAUUGCCAAGGUCACGCUCUAUUGUCUGCCUGAUUUGUCUGAUCUGCUUCUGCAACUAGCUAGGCUUCAUCAUGGAGCUCAGCAUGUAUAUUCUCUGUUAGCCGGUAUCGGAGGCUUUCCCAUGACAAAGAAGUGUGCUUGGGGUUUGGCCGGACCUUAUGCUGAGUCCAUUGUAUCAAGGGUUGUUGAGCCUAAAAAAACACGUGAAAUGUGGUUUCUGGCAAGGUUCUACACUGCUUUCGAAGCAAAGAAAAUGGAACUUGCCAACAUAGUUGUCCCGCUAGAGAAGUUAGAACAAGAAACGGUUAAGUGGUGUCGAGAGAUCUUAAGAAACAAUUCAACUGCAAUUCGGGUGUUGAAAUCCGCUCUUAAUGCUGUUGAUGACAGCCAUUCUACACUCCAGGAACUUGGAGGGAAUGUCAUUCUGAUGUUUUAUGGAAUCGAUGAAGGUAAUGAGGAAAAGACGACAUAUAUGGAGUGUAGACGGCCAGAGUUCUCAAAAUUCCCCCGACGACCAUAA